GUGGGGAUCGCCGCGGGAGCCGGGAACCUCCUGUAUCAUGCGAGGAUGUGCCCGCGGCCUCGCUGACCUGCCCGGCCCCGGCCCCGCUGCCCGUCCCGCCCGGCACCAUGGGAGGAUGCUUCUCCAAGCCCAAACCAGUUGAAGUGAAAAUUGAAGUUGUGAUACCUGAGAAGGAGAGAAGCAAGGAGGAGAUGUCACCCAAUGGGAAAGCCAGCCCUCUGAUCUACAAAGUCAACGGGACUGCCCGGCACUACCACCUUGAGGAGCAUUCAAUUGCCAGCAACCCCUACCACAACCCCAAGGAUGUGGUAGAAGCAUCUGUGUGCCACGUAAAGGACCUGGAGAAUGGACAGAUGCGGGAAGUGGACCUGGGCUGUGGGAAGGCUCUGCUCAUCAAGGAGAGUGGGGAGUUCCACGCCGUGGGACACAAAUGUCCCCACUAUGGGGCUCCGCUGGUCAAAGGGGUUUUGUCCAAAGGAAGAGUCCGCUGUCCCUGGCAUGGAGCUUGCUUCAACAUCGGCACCGGUGACAUUGAGGACUUCCCUGGCUUGGAUAGUUUACCCAGGUUCCAGGUGAAGAUUGAGAAGGAGAAGGUAUACAUCCGAGCAAGCAAGCAGGCGCUUCAGACACAGAGGAGGACAAAGAUGAUGGCAAAGUGCAUCUCCUUGAGCAACUACAACCUGAGCAGCACCAAUGUGCUGAUCAUUGGUGCAGGGGCAGCUGGGCUGGUCUGUGCAGAGACCUUGCGCCAGGAGGGUUUCUCUGACCGGAUUGUGAUGUGCACCAUGGACAGACACUUGCCCUAUGACAGACCAAAGCUCAGUAAGUCAAUGGAUUCCCACCCUGAGCAGAUUGCCCUGCGCCCCAAGGAGUUCUUCUGCACCUAUGACAUUGAAGUCCUGACUGAAAUGCAGGUGGCGGCUGUGGAUGUCAAGAGCAAGAUAGCUGUGUUCAAGGAUGGGUUUAAGAUGGAGUACAACAAGCUGCUGAUAGCAACGGGAAACACGCCCAAAACUCUCAGCUGCAAAGGUAAGGAGAUGGAAAAUGUCUUCAACAUCCGGACGCCUGAAGAUGCCAAUCGUGUGGUGAAGCUGGCCACGAGCAAGAACGUUGUGAUCGUGGGAGCAUCCUUCCUGGGGAUGGAGGUGGCCGCCUACCUUGCAGAGAGGGCCCACUCAGUGUCCCUGGUGGAGCUGGAGCAUGUCCCCUUCAAGAAGUUCUUUGGGGAGAGGGUUGGCCGUGCUGUCAUGAAGGUGACCUUGCUUUCCCAUCUGGCGGGGAUGUUUGAGAACAACAGGGUGAAGUUCUACAUGCAGACAGAAGUGUCAGAGCUGAGGGAGCAGGAGGGGAAGCUGAAGGAGGUUGUGCUGAAGAGUGGCAAGGUGCUGCGUGCUGACGUCUGUGUCGUGGGUGUUGGUGCAGUCCCAGCGACAGGCUUCCUCAAGCAGAGUGGCAUCAACAUCGACUCGAAGGGCUUCAUCGUGGUCAACAAGAUGAUGCAGACCAACAUCCCAGGGGUCUUUGCUGCUGGAGAUGCUGUCACAUUUCCAUUGGCCUUGAGGAAUAACAAGAAGGUGAAUGUCCCUCACUGGCAGAUGGCCCACAUGCAUGGCCGCAUCGCCGCGCUGAACAUGCUGGCCCAUGGCACGGAGAUCAGCACUGUCCCGUACCUGUGGACAGCCAUGUUCGGCAAGAGCAUCCGAUACGCGGGUCAUGGGGAAGGAUUCGAUGAUGUUGUCAUUCAGGGAGAUCUGGAUGAACUGAAGUUUGUGGCAUUUUAUACCAAGAGUGACGAGGUGGUGGCUGUGGCCAGCAUGAACUACGACCCAAUCGUGUCCAAGGUGGCCGAGGUCCUGGCUGCGGGCAGGACCAUCCGGAAGCGUGAUGUGGAGCUGUUUGUUCGUCACGGCAAAACUGGAGACAUGUCGUGGCUAACAGGGAAGGGCACCUAAAGCCAUGGAUGGCUGAACUCUCCUGAUGCUGCACUCGCCGUGGAGAGAUGGGACAGCAGCUCCAUGGCCUGGUGGGAACCCCAUGGCUCAGCCAUUUCCCUUUGAGACCUUGAUGAACCUGCCUUCAGAUCUUCCAGGAGGAUCUCACACAGCUCCUCUGCCCCUGUGCCUGCUGGGCUGGGGAUGGGGCUCUGCUGUUGCAAUUGCUGUGGAAUGCUGGAAAAGCAGCCCACAGAGAGCGUGAGGCUUGGCACUCGCAGUGGGCAUGGGCGCCAUACGGCUCUGGAUGCUGCCAUAGGGCUGAGGGUCCCCAGGCGGGUGUGCCCCAUGCAUGUCCCUCACUCCCAUAAGCAGCAUGAGUGCCUUUGGCUGCUCCUGUGCUUUCAUGCAUGAUGCUCCUUUCCAAAUUCUCUUUGCUCCCAGCAGAGCUCCAGCGCGCAUCCCUGCGGAGCAUGACAUCCGCUCCUUGCCUGCAUGGCUGCUGCUUUUGCCACAGCUCUCCCUGUGCCCACCCACCCCGGGGGCGUCUGGGUGGGCCAGGAGAUUACACUGGGUGAUCUCUGUGCAGCUGGUGCUUGUGUUGUCCAGGCUGGUCCUGUGCAGCCCCACCACUAGAGGUGGGUGUCUGUCCAUGCUAAGGGCUCUGGAGCUCAUCAGUCCCCAUCCCAGAAUCUCCUGUCCUGGAGCAGCCAAGGGGUUGGGAUUCGUUCCCUGUCUCCUGGGGCUUGGUUCGGGCUGGGGCACUGGCAGCUCUUGGGCCCAUUACCGGAGUGCAUUGCAGGGGUACCUGAGAGCUGUGAUGGCUCAGCUGCAGCCCUGGGCUGGGUGGCCACCCUUCCAGCCAGCCUUGAGAUAUCUCUCCUUAAUGCUAUCAUGGGAUCAGUGCUGUUGCUGAGGUGUUAUUUGAGGAAAAGUAGCUGGGGGAGCAUUUCUGGCUGUCCAUUCUCUGGCACUUGUCCAGUGUAGUGACAAUCCUGCAUAGCCCACCAUGCUCGUACUCUGCUGUCCUGUUUCUGGCCCCAUGCUGAAGAAGAGCCAUGUCUCCAGCUCAGGAGUGGACCUGGCCAGUCCAGAGUCCAUCAGCCCAGCAGAGUGGGGUUUGAGAGUCCCCCUAGGAGAGACUCCAGUGCUUUGUUCUGGGGGCAGCUCCUUCCCCAGCAGUGUUUUACCCUGCGUCCCAAACAAGAGGAUUUAUAUUUUUAAUUUGAUUCACCCCCUGUGAAUUAAAGCAAUACUAUUCUUGGGGU